AUGAAGAAUGGUGUAUAAUAAAGCAUGGAAAAUGAAGCAUUAAAGAGAAUAAGACAAUCUGAAUUGAUAGUGAACUCUAUAGUUUGGAUGAAUAAAAACUUAUUUAAAAAAUAUUGCCAAUCUUAGAAUUAUUAUUAUACAAGAGAUGUCAAUGAAAUUCUUGGAGAUGCUUCAUCAAAGGCAGUAGUACGAUUUAAAGAUUGGGUUGGGUAUGAUGAUGAUGUAAGUGUGUAGUCUCAUUUAAGGAUGAAUAUUUGAAAAGGUACUAUUAUGGAGAUGAGUAUCCACAAAAAAUCCAGUUGUUAUCUGAAUACUAUAAAGUAAAUUGAACCAUUUAACAGAGUUUCAUACAGAUAUAGCACGAAUCU